AUGACCGAUUCAUAUUCAUACUGGGACGAAAAUAUUGGUUCGGCCCCUCAACGCCGAGCCGUCCGAGACCUGAUCAGCCACCCUCUUGGGUCAGACGAGCUGCCUCCGCACUUCGACAGCAGCUUAUACAACGACGAAUUUACACGCAGCGUCUUUGCACUGGACCGUACGAAAAACGAAGACGACUUUAACCUCUGCACAUCGUCAGCGGAUGCCUUCAAAAUGCCCUUGCGGGAGACGUUUGGCCGGUGCGCGAACAAAGCCGGCGCUCUCGGCCUGCCGGCCUGCCGGGCCGCUCGCGGUGUGCCCUGCGGAGCCGUGUACGCCGUCGCCAUAGGCAUGCGGCAGUGGUCGCCCUCUGCAAUCAUCGCCUGGGUGGUCCAGCUGGGGAGCGCCGUGUCCUCGCCGGAGGACCACCACCUCGCCAAGUCCGCCGGCGCCGCGCGGGCCGCCAAGGGGAACCUCGACGUGGUCGAGUGGAUGCAGACGCUCACGCCGUCGUACAGCCUUGGAAGAUCCGCAGCGAGCAUGAUGGUCUGGGGCGAGAUCAUGGGCGGGGCCUACGCCCUCUGGUCGGGCAACCUGUACUAUGCGUGCGUGUGCGUCGAGUACGGCAAGGACGCGUGGGCCGCGCUGGACCCGUUCGCCAUCACCGUCGAGGCAAUAGAGCACCUCCCGCGGCGCGGAAUUGGCCGCGACGUCCUCUCGGGCAUGGUCACCGGCGACGUGGCCGGCUGCGCCGUCGGCGCCGCGCUGGACAGGCGUUGCGUCGAGGACCGCAUCGACCCAGCCGGCCUGCUCAGGCUGCUGUCCCUCAACGAGGCCCUCAACUACCGUGCCUGGACUAUUACCGGGCACGGCUGGGGCCGCACGCUCGACCUGCUCCUCGCCGGGGGCGGCGAGCUCGACUGCCCGGGACACGUCGCGACAUGGGGCCACCUCGCGGCCUUGAGCGACAUCUGCGACAGGCUCAAGGACCGGACGGACACGCACGACAACAUCGUGAAUGCGUUCCCCGAGGUUGACUGGCCGGCGGCCAUCCACGACAACUUCAACAAGGCCACCGACUGCGGCUGCCUGCCCCUGGUGUACAACACCGUCCUCUGGUGGUGCGUCAUGGCCGUGUCGCACGCUCCGUACAGGCCGAGGGAGGAGGUCCUCGCCGUGCUGCGCAACUUCGACGGUGACCUGCGCAAUCAGGGCCAUGCGUGGCGAAAGGCUACAAGGUUGGCCAGGUUCUCUGGGCAGGCGCUGGCUGACAUUGGAUGCAUGCAGACCUGGGACUGCAAGCCCGUCUUGGAGCUCGCCAACGGCAUCAGGCUGAACUGGUGCUCAGAUUGCUACAUGUACGACUCGCCGCUCGGGCCGUGCUCCUGCGCUGACCAGAGCGACUACUUGUCGCCUGAAGCGCGGGAAGCCUCCACGGCGGCACUGCGGAAGCUGCUGCAGGAGUGA